CAGACUCUUCAGAGUCCAGAUCUAGAGGAGUCCUCUGCCUCUCCUCGCCAUUCCCUCGCACGUCACCCUAGCAUACAUAUACCUUCAUGUGAUACUUAAAUGACAUAUCACUGUUUCAUUUACCCUUGAAAAUCAGCUGUAUCAUCCUAAUACAAUUUCUCCGUGUGUUUGUUAUUAAUUUAGGAUAAAUAACAUAAGAAGUCUACAAAAUGUCGGGAGACGUUAAUAUGCAAACAGAAAAGCAAGAGUCUGGCCCAGUUUACGGUGGCUGUGAAGGACCCGAUGCUAUGUAUGUAAAGUUAGUCAGUAGCGAUGGUCAUGAAUUCAUUUUGAAACGAGAACAUGCACUAACAAGUGGGACAAUCAAAGCUAUGUUGAGUGGACCUGGUCAGUUUGCAGAAAAUGAAGCCAAUGAAGUCAAUUUUAGGGAAAUUCCAUCACAUGUUUUGCAAAGAGUUUGCAUGUAUUUCACGUACAAAGUCAGAUAUACAAAUUCGAGCACAGAAAUUCCAGAAUUUCCUAUUGCACCGGAAAUAGCUUUAGAACUUUUAAUGGCCAGUAAUUUUUUGGACUGUUAAGCGUUCAUGUUCUAACUUACUGUUUGAAAGUUUUGCAAGACAUUUAAGUGAUAAAAAUAUAUCUUUUUCACUGAAAAAGCCUUUUUACCAUGUAAUGAAACUCAAUUUCUUUCAUAUUGUGGAUAAGAUACGGGCUUCAAUAGACAUAAUUAAUUAGAUACAGUUGAUGAGUAAUUUAAUUAUUAUUUCACUUGUCAAUGAGUAUAAGUCAAAGUUAUCAUUAAUGCUUAAAACAGAAAAAAGUCCGUCUAGCCUUAAAUCGUGAAUUGAAAGGAAACAGUACCAUAGUGAACAAUUUGAACAACUUAUCAUAAUCAAUAAUUCUCAAAUAAACUAGGUAUUUGCAAGUAUCUUUAAAAGUUAGUUUAAAAGUAAAAUCAAAGACUGGGCUUUAUUUAAAUUGAAGUUUUAAAAACAAUUUCACUUCUAACAAGUGUUUGUAACGUCUUUAAAUGUUAAGGUUUUUGAUUCAUGAUUGGAUCUGUAACUGUAGGUAGACAUUUUAAUUUAAUGAACAUCUGUUAUUUGUA